UUUUUGUCGUCGCUACUAAGAGUUGCUGCUUCUUCAGCCACUCCGCACCUCGCAGCCUCUGUGCCCUCAACAACCAUGGCUGAAAUCGAAACUACCGUUCCAGAUCCCACCCAAAUCGACGUCAAACUCUUCAAUCGCUGGAGCUUCGAGGAUGUUGAGGUUAAUGAUAUGUCUCUGGCUGAUUACAUUGGAGUGUCCCCAUCAAAGCAUGCUACAUAUGUUCCUCACACUGCUGGUAGGUACUCAGUGAAGAGGUUCAGGAAAGCGCAGUGCCCCAUUGUUGAGAGGCUCACCAACUCUCUGAUGAUGCACGGGAGGAACAAUGGAAAGAAGCUCAUGGCUGUCAGGAUUAUCAAGCAUGCCAUGGAGAUCAUCCACUUGCUCACUGACCUGAACCCAAUUCAGGUCAUUGUUGAUGCCGUCAUCAAUAGUGGUCCCCGUGAAGAUGCAACUAGAAUUGGUUCUGCUGGAGUGGUGAGGAGACAGGCUGUUGAUAUCUCACCCCUUCGACGUGUUAAUCAGGCUAUAUAUCUUCUAACAACAGGUGCUCGGGAAGCUGCUUUCAGAAACAUCAAGACAAUUGCUGAAUGCUUGGCCGAUGAACUUAUUAAUGCAGCCAAAGGUUCAUCCAAUAGUUAUGCUAUCAAGAAAAAGGAUGAAAUUGAGAGAGUUGCCAAGGCUAAUCGUUAAGCCAACCCAACAACCAGUAUUGUGGCCAGAAAGAUUUCGACCUUUGUACUUCAUUUAUUUAAAUUUUGAAUAUUGUGUAUUACUUUUGAUGAAUUUAGUUAAUUUUUAGUUCGCGUAAGGAUUUUACAUGAACGAUUUAUUUAGUUAAUUUAGUUUGCGUAAGGAUUUUACAUGAACGAUUUAUUUAGUUAAUUUAGUUUGCGUAAGGAUUUUACAUGAACGAUUUAUUUAGUUAAUUUUUAGUUUGCGUAAGUAUUUUA